AACUACAAGAGGAACAGAGACAGAGAGGAUUCGUAAGAGAGAGCAACAAAAACACUAAAAAAAGGAAAAAGGGAAAACGAAAAGCCUAGGAGAGAGUAACAUCACUUUGGAUUGCGAAACUUUGAAGCAUUACAUUUCGAGAUCUCAAUUUUGGCAAAAGGGACUGCCUCUGCUUGGUUAUGGCAAAUUCGAAGGGAUCCACAAACAUAAGAAAUCUGAUGUACUCUGGAAAGCAUGCUUUACUACCUCCAAAAAGUCCAUAUCCUAGCGUUUCCUCAACAUAUACUGACUAUGUGCCCAGCAAUGUUAUUGGAUCAAAAGCUGUUCAAAAGCCUAGGGAGGGAAAGGCACGUCACCAACGUACUUCCUCUGAGAGCCUUCUGAUAGAGGAGCAACCUUCUUGGCUUGAUGAUCUCCUUAAUGAACCAGAGACUCCUGUGCGUAAAGGAGGUCAUCGGCGUUCAUCAAGUGAUUCCUUUGCAUACCUUGAUGCAGCUAAUGCUUCUACAACAGAUUAUGCAGCUCAGGAUGAGUAUAGGCACAAAAAUAUGAUGUCUGCACCUGCUUGGGGAUCUCAAGAUUUUGAUUAUUGCAAUCAUAGGGAUGCUCAACUUGCCUCUUUCUACAAUGAUUCAAAAAUGAUGAAGCAGAACAGGGCAUGGGAUACUCAUUCAUUAUUGAAUGCUAGAAUUCAUCCGAGUGGGCUUCCUUCUGCUAGGGAGACUGCCCAUUCAAGUGGGAUUCCUUCUUCUGGAGAUAACACUGUUCACCAUGGUUCAGUUUCUGCCAGCUCUCCACAGGAAGCAGAAGUUCAACCAACUGCUAGAGAAAAACAGGAUUCAGCUGAAUCUGUGCCACGGGAUCCAAAAGCUUCUGGGAAAAAGGAUACUUCUCAUGCCAAGCCUUCUGCAUCAGACACUGAUACAAAACGUGCAAAACAGCAAUUUGCUCAGCGCUCAAGGGUGCGAAAACUUCAGUACAUAGCUGAACUGGAAAGAAAUGUGCAAGCUUUGCAGGCAGAAGGAUCUGAGGUUUCAGCUGAGCUUGAAUUUCUUAACCAGCAGCAUCUUAUUCUUAGCAUGGAGAACAAAGCCCUUAAGCAACGUUUGGAGAGUUUAGCUCAGGAGCAGGCUAUUAAAUACUUGGAACAGGAAGUGUUGGAGAGGGAGAUUGGAAGGUUACGAGCCUUGUACCAGCAGCAACAACAACAAAAUCAGCAGCAGCAACAACAACAACAGCCAUCAACAACCCAUCGGCGCACUAGUAGUACAGAUCUAGAUUCCCAGUUCGCAAAUCUCUCUCUGAAACACAAGGAGGCUAGUUCUGGAUGUGACCCUGUAACUGGUUCACUCCGCAUUUAGAUAGUUAAUUUAGCUGGAACUGUGUUUUGCACUUGCCCACAACAAAUGCUGCCAUGCUGACAAAAGAUAGUUGUUUCAUGCGUUAAAAAAACCAAGCUCAUCCAAUCGCAAUGCCCUUUGUCUAAUCUGUUCAUUUUAUUCUUGCCUUCCCCUCUUUUAUUUUGACAAAUUAAUAUCUUCAUGUGCACCUGGUAGUCAUUGCCAGAAUAUUGUUGUCUCUGGCAUGACUCACCUGAGGUGGUAAAUUUCAGAACAGAUUCUGUAUUUUUGAGUAUAUUCUUGCGUGUUUGAUGGUUAUGAUUUGGAAAAUUCUUAUGUACCAUUUUUCUCCAUUUCAAGUAUCCAUCUUGGUGGAUCUAACCUAAUGCAGAGAUCCCGUAGGCUGUUUCAAG